UUGGAGACCUGCUACACCUGCACUAUCCUCCCCAGGAUGCUGGCCAGUCUCCUGACUGGGGACAAAACCAUUUCUGUGGAGGGCUGCAUCACACAAUUGGUUUUAUUUGGUUCUCUGGUAACUACAGAGUGUUAUCUCCUGACAGUGAUGUCUUAUGAUCGGUAUUUAGCCAUAUGCAAACCACUGCACUAUGGAGCCCUUAUGAAUGGCAGACUGUGGCUCCAGCUAGCAGCUGGGUCUUGGAUAAGUGGAUUUCUAGCUUGUACAUUAUUCAUAUGUCUUAUGCCACAGUUAAUUUUCUGCGGCCCUAAUGAAAUGGACCAUUUCUUUUGUGAUUUUAUGCCACUGAUUCAACUUUCCUGCAGCGACACCAGUCAGAUCACACCAAUUAUUUAUAUAUUUUCCUUCCUAGAUAUAGUUUCCCCUUUUCUAUUAACCCUGACAUCCUAUAUGUGUAUCAUUGUGACCAUCCUGCAAAUCCCAUCCACCACUGGGAGGCAAAAGGCCUUUUCCACCUGCUCCUCUCACCUCAUUGCGGUGGCCCUUUUCUAUGGGACCAUCAUGAUUGUCUACAUGCUACCGAAAUCCGGCACCUUGAGAGCCCUGAACAAAGUGUUCUCUGUCUGCUACACAGUCCUGCCUCCCCUGGCCAAUCCGCUCAUCUACAGCCUGAGAAACAGAGAGGUCAAGGAGGUUUUGAUAAACAUUGCGAGGAGAGCUGUAACCCUCACAAAGAAUCCAAACUAG